AUGGAAGAGCAACAAACCCGCCAGGCACAGGAUGUUGAAAAGAUCAGAGUACGGAUUGGUGCAUUAGUUAAAUUCAACGAGUUCGACACAAGUUUUUGGGACGAUGAAAAACGUAAAACAGAUCCAAAUUAUGUCAACCCAGACGACUUAGACUUUUUUCUAAAGUCAAUGCUAAAAUCAGCUUUAAUGUAUCGUUGGUUUUUAAAGGGGCAACAGAUCCGUGUUGUUCCACCUGGAAGUUCGUAUUUUGUGAAUGUGGACGCGAAGGAGGUGCAUAUACCGGCAAAUUUUGCGGAGUACAAUUGGUUAAAAGCCCAUGAUAGAUUCACAAAAAUCGAAAGUAUAUUCGAUAGCUUCAGACGAUUUUGGUGGGUCUGGUUUUCUUUAGGGAUGGUACUUAUCGGUGAUGUUGAACUACUUUAGUUCCUAAAUAAAUAUAUUAAGAUAUUAAUAUUAAAUAUAUAUUUACAUACAUCACGUAUUAUUCUGUUUUCUGUCUAUAGUGUUGGGA